GAACAAUGCAACACUUGCUUAAAUAUUGUUACUGAUUUUUUUGUUAAAAAAACUACACAUGUAUUUGGAUAAAAAGCAAGAACAAUCAGUUAUAUCUCAACAAUAAAAUCCACAAAUUUUAAUUUUACUAUAAAUACUCAAAGUAGCUUGAAUUUAAACAAAAUUUCAUGAUAAAAUGAAAAUUUUAAAUAUAUUAAGUUUGUUAUUGGUGGCUCUAGAGUCGUACACCUCUGCUCAGGGAUGUCGGGGUAGUCCACCUAAUCCUUCCUGUUCUGGUCCCCGACAUUCGGGAUGGCUUGGUAUACGUUGUUCCGGAGUUCGUAGUAUGUGGCACUACAAUGCUGUUGCCAGACGUUGUCAACCAUUGCAUUAUUGGGGUUGUGGUGGCAACAAUAAUCGUUGGUGCAACCGGGCUGUCUGUGAACAAAGAUGUCGUCGCUAAGCAUCAAUGAUCGAAUUGAAUUCUUUUUAGCU